ACUGCAUUCGUUCUAUCAUGGAGGUACCUCCAUGGUUCUAUGCAUCCUCUCAGUCACAUGACAAUAUUUUCACGAUCUUUGCUCUUUGAUUCGGCUUGUGCUAGAACGUAUACAGUUAUAAAUUAACAUUUAUUUUAAUCCUAUCAACUAUCAGAAUGUUUCCAAGGUGCAGUUUGGUUCUAAAUCGUAUCGGUGGCCUGUCUGCGGCUUGGGAUCCGAGUAUAGGCCUAAGUGUCGUGUCUCUGCAAUGUGUUCGCUGGCGGAAAAGACGAACUGAUCCUAAAGCUAAAUCUAAACUUGACUACAGGAGAAUUCCAACACCAGUUGAUCCAUGGGAGCAUAAAUUCCUGACAACUAAGAUAGCACAUUACAGAACCAUUUUAAGGGCAAUGAGAAAGAUGUUCAAGGAGGAACAAAAGCAGAAGAGAACUGAAACAGCAGAAGGGGGGUCAGCAGAGGAGAGAGCCCAGAUGGAAAGGGAAGAACAUCUUAGAUUACUGGAAUGGAACGAGCAAGAAAAUGCACGCACAGGGACAAUAAGAGAGGAGAGAAUUCGUUUGAGAUUACUUGAUCAAGAGGAGAGGAAAUUGAAAAAGAUGCUUAGAAUGGAGGAAGAGAGACAACAAGCACUAGAAGAGCUUGCUAGUAGAGUACGCCUAGAGAAGGAGGCCAGCAAAUCCUACAUCACGAUGGACAAUGUGGAACAAGCAAUUGAGAAUGCCCUGGCUGAUACCAAGGAGUAUAAUUUCUCCAUUGAUCAACAGGGGAAAAUUUUGCUACCAGAAAACUCUGCAUGGGAAGAGAUAAAAUCUAGACAAGUCGUGAAAAAUGCUUAUGAAGAGAUGGCUAAGGAACAGCAGCAGUGAAGAUGGAACUCAUAUUAACCAGCUAUCUGGGUCAAGAUUGCUUGUUUCUCCUUUUCAGAUUCACGGAACAUACAAAGUGAGAGCUAACAUGAACAGGAUUUGUUCCAUAUGCAUUGUGUUUUAGAAACAGUUAUGCUCCAUUUCAAGCUAGGGGGGGGGAAAUCAAUAAUUACAGCUUUUGCGUUGUAUCCUUCCUAUUUCUGAGUUUUAAUCACCAUCCUCUUCACAAGUUCUGACACUGUAUAAUUGAAGGGCAGAAUUAAAUUGACCUAAAUUCUCUAAAAAUAAGAUUAAGAACAGCCAGUCUUGUUUUUUCUGUGUUCGAAACAUGCCUGGCUUUAGACCAAAAUAAAAUAAGACACACUUGGUAAGAACACUUGGUAAGGUAGUUGCAACGGUAUUUCAGGAGUCUUUAUUUGAAAUGAGCUGUCAUGGGAAAGCCUUUAUUUAAAAUGGCAGUAUCACUCGAUUUCUACAAGGCAAUUCAACAUUUAGAUAAAUGGACAAAUCUUGCAAUCACUAAGAAGUCAAGAUCUAAUUGGCAUACUUUUCACUCCUUACACAAAGUUUUAUAAGCUAGGUAUUGAUGGCAACCUUACACUGAAGUCUACAUUGGAAUUUCCUGAGUCAAAGCUGCUUGAAGCAAUUAUAAGUACAAUGUACUAAGUUUUCAAAGAAUGGAAUAAAAGCGAUGGCAUUCUUGGAAUAAAGGUUCAGUGCUUACUGCUAAUCAGACUUCAAA